UUAAGCAUUAAGCAACGACCACCAGCACAGCCAGCAACUUAAGCAAAAGCAGUUUUACUAAAAGCAUCGGGAUUCGGAGUCAGUCUCAGAGACGAUGAGCGACGGUGACGAGGAAGCACCGUUCGAUCCAAUGGUAGGCAUGCCCCGAUCAAGCUCUUCCCACCACCUUGAUGAUCUCCUCGAGAUCCCACUUCAUCUCCGUCGUUUGCAGAUGGAGGUAGCACGACGGCACAUAAGGCGCUAUUUAGAAGCAAGAGACGACAAUCUCAUCCAUGCCAAUUUCAAUUAUUUCAACCAUAACAUUGGCAAUCGUUUUCGUCAGCCGUCGUCUGCUGCGGUGGCGGCAUCCAAGGCGUCCAUAGACGCCAUGCCGAGAGUGACGGUCACGGAGGUCGGCGCCGACUGCGCCAUCUGCAUGGGGGACUUGGAGAUCGGCGGUGAAGCCAGAGAAAUGCCUUGUAAGCACAGGUUUCACUCGCCUUGUAUCGAAGCGUGGCUGUGCCGGCGAGCGUCCUGCCCGCUUUGCAGGUUCUCUGUUCCCAAGGAAGAACACCAUUAGCAUUAGGCCAUGCCAUUGUGAAUUUGUGAUUGUGGUUUGUUAAUCUUGAUUAGUCCCUUGAUUAAUUAGCUAAUGUAUUAAUCUUUAGUUUUGGAAUUGUCAUUUUUUUUCUUAAUUUUUUUAAAAUGCAAGUUAUCAGUUUGCUAUUAAUUCAAUGUAGGACACAAGGUUUUUCGUC